CCUCGCGUUUACUUCGUUGGACAGACCGACAAAGUAUCGAUCUCCGUUUUAUAUGUUUUUCAAAGAUUAGUUUAUGUUUUUCGGUCGUGUGCCACUAGAGAAAUUAUUUAUUUGCCGUAUAGCUGUGAAAACGAUAAGAAUGGCUAGUGGAUCUCCUAAGGUUUAUCUCUGCAAGGAUAGCCAACAGGGAACGUCAAAUCCUGCAGAAUUCGAGAAGUGCUGUCUUUCAUACCUUGGUUGCCGUGACAAUCGCAUGCAUGUUGGGUUCAGUUAUGAGAAUGGAAAACUUGAAAUCUACCCAAGUGAUCAAGGGUUAAGAUUGGAGCAUCCCGCUAGCUGUCCUUGCCGAUUCCUCACUGCCUCUGACCUAGUCACCAUGUCAGAAUCCCAAAAUCCCAAGAUGCAAGGUGUGAAUGUUGGUGUCGCUGUUGUGCUACAAUCAUCAGAUAACCAGGUGCUGCUGACUCGUCGAGCUGAGCACAUGAGGACAUUCCCAUCCGUCUGGGUGCCCCCAGGAGGCCAUUUGGAAUCUGGUGAAACUCUAAAUCAAGCUUGUUUGAGGGAACUUCGCGAAGAAACAGGAUUAGAUUUUGCAGAGAAUGACCUUCUUAUUUCUUCUCUUGGACUUUGGGAGUCUGUUUAUCCCCCAAUGCUUUCCAUGGGUCUGCCAAAUCGUCACCAUAUCGUUGUCUACCUAUUGGCCCAGUGCCAUGAGGACAGCCGCGUCCUACAAAGCAGGGUCAAGUUUUGCGAGCAUGAGGUAGACGCCAUCACUUGGCUUGAUCAGUAUGUUGUCUCAGACAUUGCUUCUAGUGAUGACUAUGGUCAGUCAAGAAAAGUACCCCAGAGAUACUUCAGUGCUUUGGUUAAGGACAAGAACAGCUUUAUUGUGAACAACCUUCCCUUGUCGACCCUAAUGGCUACACUGCCCCCUACCUCUACCGCACAUGAUGUGGAACGACUCUCAACAGGGACAAAGUUUGCCCUUCGUCAGUGGCUAAAGGUCCUAUACCCUCCCCCGCCAGGGGGCUUGGAGCGGGCGGAUUCACUUGAGACUGUGUUCUUGACUAUAACAAAGCAAGGGCACCAACCUGUUAGAAGUCCUUUCUGGGUUGAAUAAAACUAUCUUUUCUGACCCGCAUAUACUAACCAAAGAAAAGCAGCAUAUCUCCUCAUUAGAAGACUACUCUUUUAAUACAGGUGCUGGCAAAAAGCAAGGUUUUGAAGAAAGGGGGGGAUUUCAUUGUUCUUCCUUAUAUUUCUUAAGCCAAAUAUCUGAAAAUAGGGGGGGCGGGGUCCAUUCAGUCCUCCUCCUAGAUCCUCCACUGGCUAGGGAUGGGUACAGAGGAUGUGUUGUGAGGGCUGGGUACAGGGGCCACAUGACUAGGGGUUAGCACGGGGGGUAUGAAGCUAGGGAUAGGCACUGGGGGUUCUGUAUAUAGGGAUGUGUGCAAAGGGCCACUAGGUGCACUGCAUGUACAUGCCCACCCCCCACCCCCCUCCAUUAUCCUCAGCUUCGGAAAAAGCUUUUUCUUUAUAGAAAAGAAUCACUGGAGUUUUACAUCUUUUAUAAUAUUUAUGUCUGUGCCCACCCCAAAUCUGUGCUAUGCCACUGUAAUAGCCCAGUCAGCCUUUAUUAACACCGGUAUCAUAGUGCCGUAGUAGUAUGCCACACUACAGAAUUGUACCCAGUCACCAUGAGACAAAGACAUAACUACACUAUGUGAACCUUGAUUUUUACCGCAUGUUAUUAGCUAUUGGGUACCAUUUUUAUCCUUGACAGCUAAGGAUGGCAGGAAAUAACUCACAUUUAAAACAACCAAAUGCAUAGCUGUCAACUCACUCCCAUUAGUCAGGUGUCACAAGAUUUUGGACUUCAUCCUUCAGCCUAAAUUUUGUGAGAAUGUUCAUACAUUCUCUGUAUUCACCCGCAUUGGAUCUCUUGUGUUUAUUUCACAUAUUUACUGUAUUUCACCCAAUUACACAUAAUUCCUAUCCAAGUUGGGUUGACAGCUAUGCAAACACAACAUAUGGAAAUAAUGUACUCUGCUCUGUGAAACAUUUCGUCUGUUUCUGAUAAAAAAAACAUUGUUCAAAAACUAAAGUUCAAAAGAGUGAAAAAAUUUAAAUACUUUUGUUGUGAAUAAUUUGAAAUAAAAUGCAUUGUCUUUUGGA